GCAAAAUUACUUUAUCCGCUUUUCCUUAUGCCUGUAGCGCAGCGCCCUCAUCGACAGAAUCCUGGUAAUCGGCCCUACCGCUGCUCCUGCUCUGUGAUUGCACUAUCCGCUGUAAUCCUCGCCGCUUUCUUCCUAAUGCUUGCCCCGUCGAUCUUGCUGCUGCCUCGAGUGUUCCGCCCUUCCGCCAUUCCAUUCCUGUCCGCGACCCGUCCGCUACAGCCACCGUCGAAGCCCCUUAACUCCACCGCUUCCCGAUUAACUCGCCUCUCGUCCUCUUCCAUGGCGACCGCCGCCGCUGCCACCUCAGCAGCUUUGGACGGCACCACAUCAACAGCAGCGAGUGCAACAGCAGCGGCGGAGAGCGAGGUGAAGCAGCCGCGGAAGGCUCUGCGCAAGCUGCUGUCGCGGGAGCAAGCGGAGGGCGACGGCGCGAGGGUGCGGCGCAGCAUCGGGCGGCCGGAGAUGCGGUCGCUGGAUCCGUUCCUCAUGCUCGAUGAAUUCAAAGUUUCCGCGCCUGCUGGAUUCCCCGACCACCCUCACCGCGGAUUUGAGACUGUCACAUACAUGAUAGAGGGCGCGUUCGCGCACGAGGACUUCAACGGGCACAAGGGCAUCAUCGGCCCAGGCGACCUGCAGUGGAUGACUGCAGGCAGAGGCGUGGUGCACGCGGAAAUGCCCGCCACCAAGGGGCCGAGCCACGGGCUGCAGCUCUGGGUCAACCUGGCUGCCAAGGAUAAGAUGGUCCCCUCCAACUAUCAGGAACUGAAAGACUCAGAUGUUCCCAAGGUGGAGCGCGACGGGGUGCGCGUGGCAGUGAUUGCUGGGACGUCUCUCGACAUCACAUCGCCCGUCUACACUCUCACGCCCACCAUGUACCUCUCCUUCUGCCUCCAGCCCGGUGCUCACCUGCGCCAGGCCAUUCCCCUUGGAUGGAAUGCCUUCAUCUACACUCUUUCUGGCAAAGCUACUAUAGGCGAUUCUGCAUCCACUGCUAUUGGUCCUCACCACACCGUUGAGCUUGGUCCCGGAGAUGGGGUGGAGGUGUGGAACAAGGGCUCCGAAGAGUGCAGGUUUGUGCUGAUUGGGGGCAAGCCGAUAGGGGAGCCGGUGGCACAAUAUGGGCCUUUCGUUAUGAACACUGAGGAGGAGCUGAGGAAGACGUUUUACGACUAUCAGAUGGGUAUGAACGGCUUUGAGAAGGCCAGUUCGUGGAGUAGCAGCAUCAAAGACGGUGUUCCUGGAGUCGUUUAACAUACAUGGUUAACUUUGACCUUUGUUGGUAUACUAAGCAUUAUACGACACUGGAGUCGCGUAACAUACAUGGUUAAUUUUGACCUUUGUUGGUAUACGAAGCAUUAUACGGCACUGAAUACC